AAGCUCAAUAUGUAAAUAUGACAAAAUACAAGGCGCGUGAACCUCUACGCCACCAUGACCGACGGUAACACCUUUUCUCCGAGCAACGAUCCGCUUUCGCCAAACCCUAAUCUCGAAAUCUCUGUCACAGGUCAUCAUGGACAAGCAUGAUCAUCUACCUUUUAAAGUUGGGCAAUUUGCUGAAGCUAGAUCUUUUCUUCAAGGUUUUCGUGGUGCAUGGUUCCGAUGCAAGAUAAAGGAGAUCAGCUUGAGAAAAGGUCACAUUGGCCAUGUCUUGGAGUAUAUCGAUUUUCCUGAUGAAAAAUUAAAUUGGACAAAGUUAUAUCAAAAGCCCCCAAUUUCUAAGAGCAAGUCGAAGGAGAAAAGAAGGCAAUUGAUGUUACGCCCUUGCUUUCCACCCAUCUAUCAUGUAAGUCAAAAGCCAGACAUCAAUACGAUCACAGAAGUGAUAGUUUUAGUCAAUGAUGUCUGGAAGGUGGGGGAUGAGGUAGAUUGGUGGACUGAUGGUUGUUAUUGGUCUGGAAGAGUUACACAACUAUUGGGUUAUGACAAAGUUAAGAUCGACUUGCUGCCGCCUCCUAAUGGUGAAGGCUUGUCAUAUGAAGUUUUCUGCAAGGACCUACGACCAUCUUUAGAUUGGUCCCCAUCAUAUGGUUGGAGAGUACCUAGUCCUAUGGAGAGUGAAACUGGCCGUUGUUGUGCUCAAUUAGUUAAGCCAGUGAAUUAUGUUCCUGCUGAAAAUGAAGGAAGAACAGAUUCACAGGGUAGGGCUGGGUCAUCGGUUAAGUUCAACCCAUCCUUCUCUUCUCAUAUUUCAGAUUGCUCGUCACCACCUCCUGAUGGAUCAGAGCAUUCUCCAGAAAAAGAAAUGACUGAGCAACCUCUUAACAUUGCUGACUCCAAAAAGAGGAAGCAGACACUCAAAACAAAAAUGGACUUGCACAAAGGGGAUAUGUGCAUUGGAAAAACCAGUUCCUCAGAUAGUGUUUCAACUUCACAUGUUGGACAUACUUCAGAAGAAAGGACCAUUGGUGGAAGAGAUCGAUGCGGUAAUAGUGGGUCCUCAAGGAAGAUGGGAACUGAUGGAAGCAUUGCUCUGAAUUCCAUGCACUCUGACACACUAGAAGCCGCAAUUUUGGAUCUGGAGGAACUUGCAAACAAGGUUAAGUGGGUUAAGGGCAUACUUGAACAUGGGAUUCCUUUGCCAAAUGCUCUGCAGCCUCCGUGGAAGUUUCUGGAACACCGUGCACCUUCCACACCUAAAUGAGUGCUUCAAAAGAAGGUGAAAUGGUAUGUAUUCUCCUUCCAUAUACUGACUUUUGGUGGUUAUUCCCAAAGUCAGUCGGAACUGCAGAAAAGACGAAGAAGAAUAUGGAAAUGGAACAUGACCCCUAUGCGCGUUUUGGUGCUCAUGGAAGACCACAGCAACAGAAAUUCAAAUUUUUUAUUGGGCUGGGAUCAUCCCUUGGGGGUCAAAACCUUUCCUUGUAUAGAUUGUUUUCAGUUGUGGCCUUUUCUUUUUCUUUGUUUUUUUUUUUUGUAAGGCGCUCUUAAUCAAUGUGUUUGUCUGCCUAUUCAUGUCUUCUAAUGUACAUAAACUACAUAUGCAUUAUCCCUAUUCUCUGACCAAAAGAAUUUUUUACGUCAAUGCUGCCCCUGGCUGCUACUCUACUCUGCUGGUACACAAAUAAGACUUAAGUUUAUUACUCAUUUUUUUUUAUUUUUUUUUUGCAGUGAAGCUUGGAUUAUUAAUAGUGCUUUCAAUAAAAAUAAUAUUAAUAAAAA